AUGCUUGCCGAAGAGAUAAGCGGCAAGCUUAGUGGAUGGGCAGGUAGAAAGCGCGGAAACCAUGACUUGUGGUACGUCGAGAAGAUGUUUGAUUUCGAGAACAUCGGUUUCACGCAUGCCAGCAACGGCAUCAAGUAUUUGGUAUGUGCGAACUGCGAGGAAGGUCCUGUUGGUUAUGUGUGCCCAACAACCAAAGCUCAUUUUGUUGCUGUAUGUCGCGUUGUAAGCUCAAGUGUUGAAGAGCCACUGGAUUUGGUGCGAUUGAGCUUAGAUGAACGAAUUUACAUAAAAAUGCGCAACGACCGUGAGUUGAUGCGGUUUGUGCUAACAUAUAGAAAUUGUAGACGAUGUGAUGAUUUUCCGUGA